AUGGCUCGUUGCUCGCCUGUUCUUGUCUUCGGAGAACCUUUGACGAACCUCGACAUCUCAAACAUCGCAGUUCAUGGACGCUCUGCUGAGAACGAGGACCGUGGUGAACUGUGCUCUGCCUUAGCUAAGACGCUCCCCACAGUCCAGCUCAUCGAGGCACAUGAGGCUAUGCAGGGCACACCUUGGCAAGGACCUUCACGGCUUCAGGCACUUGAGCGAGGCGUUCAUGGCAUUGGGAACCCAGAGACUCGCCCAUUCCGCUCUGUGGCUGGUGCACCAAUGCGCCCCCCUCCUCUACCCUCCCCCUUCGAUGCGUCUCGUUGGGCUCGAUCAGUGUUGCGCUAUCGCUGUCGCUUCAUAUCGAUAACGUCGUCCAAGCGGACUGGGAAGACGUCUCAGAACGGGACCCAAUGCUGGGGAGAAGCCUGCAAGUCGACGGGCCUCAAUCAAAGAUGGUACAGUGACAGCUCACACAAUCCCACAAUCCCACAGUCGAGGACCUUGUUACACGGGUAA